GGAAGGGGAAAUGUCCACGCAUGUGAAACGAGUGCGGAUUGGUCGCCCUAGUAGGUUCACGUGAUCCUCUCAUGUGACGUCACUUCAACCCAGAGGGAGAACUAAAGCGAAACUUUUUCGGUAUCCCAGUAUGUCAGUUCGUCUCCCGUCUUCGGGACGCGUAGGUCGUGUGUGUGUAAGUGCUCGUGGUCUAUGCAGUGUCAAAAAACUUAACAUUUAUAAAAUCUGGACGCCAUUUUCUUCCCCCCCGUGCGCGACAUAUUUCAAAAACACACACACAAACCCCCUUUACUUAUUACUAGUCGAUAGGCCAGUGAUCUUCUGCAUGAAUCGUCGGUACGUUGCUCACUGGUAUCAGUACUUGAUCUCCGAGUCAAUAUUCAUGUGGAUAUCGAGAAUCGCCAAAAGGACGUCGAAGACGGAAAGUCAUGCAAUUGGAUGUGGAAAUGUAUCUCGCUGCUAGUCCACCGCUUUUCGUCAGUCCUCUGAUGGGUCCGUUAGAUGUCAGCACCGGUCGUUCUGCUUUCCGUCGUCAACCUUUUACAUCGUCUUAUCGCGUCCGCCAACCCGCAACAACUAUCAGCUCAUUGACGAACGGAAUCAACAAUCUCGAUUUUGAUUUUAGCAAUAUGACGCUGUCACCUGCCCUAAUGAGAAGCGCAGCUGCUUCCGAAUCGAUUGGCAGGCGUAGCGUCCCUCUCGCCUCACGUCACAAUCGUAGCACAUCGGUCGUCGUUAACGCUCCGCUUCGAUCCUGUCUAGUUGUCCGUACUGAUGCGGAUUCGUCAUCAAGUGAACUUGCUUCGGAGCCAUCCUCGCCCGUCAGUGAGGAUGCGGCCGAACCGAUGUCGCCCACCAAAACCAAGAAGCAUGUCGUGUUUGCCGAUGAUAAAGGACUCUCUCUGACGCAAGUCAAGAUGAUGACCGAGCCCAGCGAUUGCCCGCCACGAUGGACUGCCGAAUUUCUAGAACAGGUGACGGGUGGUGCCUCUGCAGAAGUCACAGCUGAUCGCUGGGAAUUGACAUUUGCCCAGCCUGCUUGCGAUUAUCUGGACUUCCGAUCGCGUCUCGACAAGCAAAAUUUAUCGCUGGAGAACGUCCUAGUCCAGGAGGCGGACCAGCAAUUGAUUGGCACCGUCAAAGUCAAGAAUCUGUCGUUUUCCAAACAAGUGACGAUCCGAGUAACAUUCGAUAACUGGGCGUCACAGACGGACGUGGAGGCUACAUUCGUGCCCAGUGGACUUCAAGGUGCGACUUCGCUGUCAGCCAUCAACCUGUUCGACACCUUUUCAUUCAAAAUCUUGAUUCCAGCAGUGGUGCCAUCUAAUCGUAUCCAAUUCUGCAUCCGUUUCAAGAGCGACGCUGGUGAAUUCUGGGACAAUAACAUGGGCAAAAAUUACGUCGUUAUCAAACCCGUCAUUGAAUCUAUGAAGAUUGGAACGAAUCCAAGUGUAGGCGGAAAUAAAUUGGGGUUCAUCAAUGGCUUGACGACAGACAACAGGCGAUCACUUACCGGCAAAUACUCUGAUUUGAUGUCGGCCAAUUCCAAGAUCGACUAUUGGGCCGAUUUUGCCAGCUGGAAUCAUUUAGUCAACGAUUCCCCGUAUUGGUGAAAUAACAAAACCUGAAUAGCAAUUGAAAUGUUUCUUUUCUUUUUACAAACUUUUGUUUCAAGAGCGUUUGUGUUGUGUUGGCGCCGAGACCACGGAAAUUUCAAACUACCCAAUGGUGUUCCCGGUCGAGGUUCUCAAACGUACCUGAAAUAUCUUCACUUGAAAACAGCUCUCUGAUUCGCUUUCUUUUUCAGACACAGAAUCUUGUUCGAAGGAACGUUUUCGAGUACUUGGAAAUACCCUAGCAUGGGGAUUCCGUUUAGCCUUAGUCUCUGAAAAUUAAAGAGGAAAAAGGGAAUUAUUCAUGUUAUUCAAUUGUGUUAUGUUAUUGCGUGCCAAAAAAAAAUCUUUUUUUUUUUUUUUGGCUAGGAGGGUGUUAGUUGUGGUUUUGCCCUUUCAAGUUUGUAUGCUGUUUACAGUAGCCAUUUUUUUCAUGUUUUGCCUGAAUCAUCACAAUGUCUUGUGUAUGAGAGCCCUGUGUGUUUGUGUGCGUGUGUGCAUGUUUUGGAAAAUGCCGAUAAUAUCUCAUCCCACCUGCCCUUGUCAUUUGUUUAUACUUUUUAUAAUGAGUGCCUGUAGAUUUUUGUUCGCAUCAAAUUUUUUUCUUUUGGAUGACGAUGAUUUCAUUUUGGUGGUAGAUGUGUUCAAUGAAUUUUGUUUCGGAUGUGAUGGCAGAGAUGCUCGUCAAUAAGUGUCCAAUACGAGCUGUUUUCUGCAGCGGGCAAUACCAACUUUACAUAUACAUUCAUAUACAUAUUAAUUGUCAUGUGUGAUCACUUUGCAAUCAACUGAUGUAUUCAUCAUCACUAUUUACAACCGUCCUCCCAUGCUCAUAUACGCGUCUGAAUGUUGCCUGCGUGUGACCAUGUUAUGAGGCUAUCAAAAUCGGGAUCAUUCUUUUUCGCUUUUUUAAAAUUCAGAAAUAGAGCCUUAUUGACUAUA